ACGGCACUCUCCGAAGAACCGUCGAAGUUGGUGCGGGGUUCCCGCUCCGCUUGCUUUCUCGGGUACGGAGUUGCGGUGUCGUGCUUGCGCGUGUCGCACACUCGAGGAUAAACAAGGCGACGUCACGCCUUCGCGCGGUGUCGUGGUGCUCGUUCGUGUUCUGAGCGAUGUGCGAUCGCCUCCGAUCCGGCAGCGUCGUGGCGCAGCUGCACUGGGCAGUGCUCGUGCUGUGUCGCGUCAUCGGACUGGCCGGGCUGAGCGAGGCUCUGCGACUAGUACGGCUCGAUAUGCCGGGUGUCGUGAUUCGGGGUGAACCGCUCUGGCUGAACUGUUCCUUCGACCUCGAGUCGGACGAGCUGUACUCCGUGAAGUGGUACAAGAACAACAGGGAAUUCUUUCGAUACCUGCCCAACGAAAGCCCGCCUGGACAAGCGUACAAACUGUCGGGCGUCUAUGUGGACGUCAGCCGGAGCUCGGUGGGCAGCCUCUACAUGACGGAGACGGACCUGAAGACCGAGGGCCACUACGCGUGCGAAGUGUCGGCCGACGCGCCCUCCUUUCAGACCGUCCGGUCGGAGAAGGAGCUCAAGGUCUACGUGCUGCCCAAAAAAGGCCCCGUGAUACGCGGUACCAAGCCACACUAUAGGAUCGGAGACAUGGUGAACGUCACGUGCUACGCAAGCGCGACAAAGCCGCCAGCUGUCCUGAUGUGGUACAUCAACGGUGAGCAGAUUCCUCCCGAAUACGAGAGGAUGUACCCAAUCUUCCGCGACCAGGACCACUUGUACCACUCGUCGUUAGGCUUGACCUUCACGGCCGAGCCCCAACACUUCACCUACGGCACCAUGAAGCUCAAGUGCACCGCUACAGUGUCCGGCGCGUACUCGCUGUCUAGCGAGGAGAUCGUGGCAGCAGCUGACGCCAAGCGCAUCGCAUCAGAAGACGACAAGCCUUCUAUUACUGGCGCCCAAGCGAGCUACCAUGUCGGUGACAUGGUCAACGUGACCUGCAGCUACUCCCGCUACGGACGCCCCGUCGACCUACAGUGGCAGCUCAACGACCAAGAGGUGUCGAACCGGUACCUGGUCCACUACCCACUCCGGCGAUUAGAGUCCGGCGGUCAAGUGACGUCGCUGGGCCUGCAUUUCACGGUGCGUCCCGGACACUUCGUACGUGACGAGAUGCGCAUCAAAUGCACGGCCACGCUCCAGAACGCCGGCAGGGGACCGCCGCCGGUGUCGUCAUCCUCCGCCUCGCCCAGGGACAACUCCUACUCGGAGAAGGAGUUCAUGCUCGGCACCAGCAGCCACCACUCGUCGGGACUACACGUCUCGGAGCACUACGGCGCUGCAGCACUGGACAGCAGUGGAUCAUCCAGACGGCUGGCCGUGGCCUGGAUCGUCCAAAGCUGUGCAGUCACGUUGUUCGUGAUGUGUGCACGAUGAGCAUGGAGACGAGGAGCCGACUUCGCACCCUGUAUGCGCUGCUGUCAAGACGUUAUCUGGCUUUCCAUCAGCAUCGAUCGCGGCAAGCAAGAAAUUCAGCUACCGCGCAUGAUAACGGUUUCUGGGGUCGAUAACGUGUGUGACACGACGCUGGACCGGAACAACGUUGUGUAUAUAAUUCAGUGCCUUUCUACCUCUUCGCGAAGAUGGUUGACGAACAAAGCAAAUUUUAUGCGCAAUAUAUCGCUCAUCUUGACGUAUCGCUCGCGAGCUGUCUUGUUCGCAGAUGUAGUCUUUUACAUAAGAGUUCCAUAUGAACAGCAUUACUAUUUCCACAUUUCAUAAUAAAAGGGAAAGUCCUGUUUGUAGCUUAAGGGACUCGUAGUGCGCUUUACGUUAAUAGAAUAAAUGAAUGAAAUGAAAUGUGUUAAAGAAUCCGAGGACAACUGAGAACUUCUUACGAGUUGUGAAUGCGAAAGCAUUAAUGUCCAACUGAACGCCUCUGAGCGGUCCUUCGAGUUAUAAACUGACCUCGCGGGCAAACCAGCGCGUUGAGAUGCUUGACGCAUUUGGAUUUGGCCUUACCGAGGCGCAGUUAGAACGCAGGGGAGAGCUCGCGUUCUACAGGCUUCCGAGAGCGAGAGCGACGGUGACGUGGCGUCGCGGCGAUGACCUCUCCCCACACGCAAAGCGGCGGCAGCAGGUGUUCCCUCUCGCCCGCUCUGCUCCGUCGAGGCCCGAACUAGCAAGCGAGAGCCAGCGUCAGGAGCGCGCGAGGCGCGCUCGUUAGGUGGCGUCGCAACCAAUGCGAAGCUUCGCUGCUACAGCCGCCGACAUUUUCGCUCAAUGGGCCAUGUGACGCUUUCGCAGUAUUAAGCUUUUGCGCAUUAAGAGUACGGAGUUGCUCAAUGCUACUACUGCGUCCAAGCGUGAAGUUCGCAAGCGUGGCAAAGUUCAUCCAUACCUUCGCUCGCAUGGAAAACUUCCUAAAAGUUAACGGCUGUUCAUUGUAGCAUGUUACUAAUUUUUAAUACUUAAAGCUGUCAGUGGAAAGCUAGUCUUCCUUUAAAAGUUAUAUUUGUUCGUGCACAGUCAACUUUUAUCCGCUGCAACAGGAUGUUCUAUGCUGUUCCGUUGUAGGUGAGAGCCUUUCCCAUAAAUAUUGACACUUUAACACCUCACGCAAGACGAAAAUGCAAGCCACCUAAGUUGCUCUACAUUGAGAUGCUAUAUCAGUCUCCGUUGGUCUCACCUGCUCCCAGCGUCAGAAGCCUGUCUUGUAACAUGUGGCUGAUAUAAGCGAAAACCACUCAAAUUGUUUGCAGUACUAUCUAAAACUUUUUGGAUGCCUAAAUACAGGACCCGCAAUUACACUGUCUUCAAUUUGUACAGUCGUAGUUGAAUGGUUUCUUACACUUGCCGUUCUAUCUGUAUAUAUGUGCAUAAAGGUUUAAAUACAAUUGUGCUGACUACUAGCAGUUACCCACAUAUACGAGCAACAUUUGUUAUUACAUCUGCUGCUUACAUUUAAUAUACGCAACUGUCGAAAAACUAAAGUAAAUAUGAAGCGCUAAAUUGUCUGAUGUAUACUUAUACAUUUCACGCGAAGAUGAAACGUUAUUACUGUAAUCAAUAUUACUUUUAUUCUAAGAAAGUGGAUACUUUGGUGGUAUUUGCAUUCUUUUGUGCAGAGUACCUCUCAUGCCAUCAUACGUUUCUGAAUUUUUUAUAAAGGGAACCCUUUUCUGACCAAGUGGAAUUGCUGUUGUUCCUGGAAAUUUGUUUACAUCCCAAUGACAUAGUCACUGCGUGUAGGCAUACCUGUUCGAACUUUCCUUUGAUAUCUGCUACACCUAUCUUGCGUCACACCUGUAUCAAAGCUUCACCGUCAUAUGUAAAUAAAGGAAAGAUAAGUGCUUU